UGGCGGCGGGACUAUAUAAGAACCGGCAGACGUUCCAGAAGAGCACAGACACACAUCGUCACUUCUUCUCUAAAGAAGAAAAGAAAAGACAGCGGCUGAUUUAAACCUAAAAUUCUAAACGGAUCAAAAAUCAUGGCCAUCAGUCGAUCUGCUCUACUGGCCUUUUGUCUGGUGCUGGGCACUGUUCUGGCCGAACCCAUUCCGGAUGGACAUGGACACCAUGGACACCACGACCACGGUCACGAUCACGGACACGAUCACGGGCACGAUCACGGGCACGGCGGCGGUGCUCCCAUUCACACCCCAGAUGUAGGAGCUUCCGCUUACGGCGGACCGGUGGCCGUUCCGUCUUACGACGCCCAGCCGGCCCAUCACGAGCAGCAUCACCACCACGAGCAGCCAGCAGCUCCUUCUUACGAUGCCCAGCAAGCCGCUCCUUCUUACGAUGCUCAACAAGCCGCUCCUUCGUAUGAUGCCCAGCAAGCUGCUCCUUCUUAUGACGCCCAGCAAGCUGCUCCUUCUUACGAUGCUGCUCCUCAGCAAUCGUACGAAGCUCAGGCCGCUCCUGCUUACAGCCCACCGGCUCCUGAAUAUUCAGCACCCGCUCCUCAGGCUUAUGAGGCCCAGGCUGCUCCUUCUUAUUCGCCACCAGCUCCUGACUACAGCCAACAGGCUCCUGCUUACUCUCCACCAGCUCCUCAUCACGAAGCUCAUGCCGCUCCUGCUUACGCUCCACCAGCUCCUUCUUAUUCUCCACCAGCUCCUGCCUAUUCUCCACCAGCUCCUGCUUACUCGCCACCAGCUCCUGCUUACUCGCCACCAGCCCCUGCCUACUCACCACCAGCCCCGGCUUACACCCAACAAGCUCCUGUCUACUCCCCACCCGUCCAGUCCUACUCCCCACCCGUCCAGGCCUACAGCCCACCUGUUCAAUCCUACUCGCCUCCGGCUCAAUCCUACGGUGCCCCACAGCAAUCUUAUGGCGCCCCGAGACCCAGCUACGGAGCUCCUAAGGCUCCCAAGAAGCCCAAGUCCAGCUACGGACCUCCCCAGCAAUCUUACGGAGCUCCUCAGCAGACUUACGGCGCCCCCAUUCAAUCUUACGCUCCCCCUCAGCCCGCCUACUCGCCACCCCAGCAGUCUUAUGCUCCACCCCAACCGGCUUAUUCACCACCCCAACAGUCUUACGCACCACCCCAGCCGACUUACGCCGCUCCUCAGCCGUCGUACGGAGCUCCCAAGCCCAGUUACGGAGCCCCCAGGCCCAGCUACGGAGCUCCUAAGGCUCCUAAGAAGCCCAAGUCCAGCUACGGACCCCCUCAGCAAUCUUAUGGAGCUCCUCAGCCUCAGUAUCAUGCUCCGGCUCCUGCUUACUCGGCUCCUCAGCCCAUCUACGCCCCACAGGCCCCACCUCAGCAACCCGGCUACGGCCGCUAAACAUUACGUGAGUUCGCUGGCUGAUUCACGCAAUAUUAUCCCUCAUCGUUUCAUCUUCAUUUUCUCAUUCUGAUAUCCUUUUCCAGCUCUUCAUCUAUUUUCCGUCCGUUUUUCAGAAUUUCACACAAUUUCAAAUUUCCCGCUCACUUCAUCCCUCAAACUUCUCGACACGAUAGUUCUUCGUUCAUCAUUCCCCAUCAUCCCGCAAUACCAAAAACAGACUUUUAUUCUUUUAUUCUUUUUCUCUCUUCACUGGCUCCUAAAUUUAUUUCAUUCUCUUUUCCUCGACAGUUUCAUUUCAAAAAGACACUCCAUUUUUUGAUUGAAAUGUUUUUCAUUCCAAUAUUGUCAGACGAUGUGAUCACAUCCGCUCACUUUGAAUAUUGCCUCAAACUCACCUUUUUUUUGUAUUAUCUUUCAAAGACCCGAAAUGGCGGAAAAAAAACAAAUAAAAACUUUACAAUUGUUAA